AUGCAAUAUUUCAAUCCUCUUACCCUCAGAACAGCAGAGAAUGUGUUCUCUGCUGGUGUUAGAGGUGGAACAUCUGUUGUUCCUCCUAUUUACCAAGGACAUCAAUCUAUGUCAGCUGAACAACUAAACAAGAAACUUGAAGACACAACUGCUGUUUGUACUAAGAAAACAGCCACAGAAGAAAAACUUGAUCUGAUACUAGAAGAUCAGAAAUCAAAAAAGCAAACAGAAGACAACACUGCAGCCCUCAACAAACUGCAAGAGUCAUCAGAAAACAGAGAGAGCUCAUCAGAAUUCAAGAAAGCUCUCAAAGAACUGCAAGAUAUCAAGAAACAGCUGGCUGAGGUUGCAACUGCAGGGGAAAGCUCAAGUUCAGGAAGAAUUCUUGAAGAAAUACAGUUCCUCAGAGUCAACAACAGCAGUAUGGCUGAGGCUUUUGAGAAGCUAAUGGUGGAAUUGACUGAACAGAAAAAUCAAGAAAACCUGGAGUUUCAGAGAAUGAAGAAACAAGAAGAAACAAAUACUCAAACUCUUGCUAAUGUUCAUUUGUUAGUAAAGAGGUUGCAGUAUAAUGUUGCCAGACUGUCAAAAGUUGAUCUUCAUGAACUGAAAGCCCCAAUUCCACAAGAAAAACAAGCUAGAGAGUCAGAAACUCCUCAACAACAACCAGAAACCAUUCAACAAGAUCAAACCAAACAAACAGAAACUCCAACAACUCAAAAACAGAAGCUGCCCAUGGGUCCUCCUCCUAAUAAACCAAAGUUACUGAUGGGUCCUCCACCAAACAUUCCAAAACCAGAUACUUCAAGGGUCCAACAUAAAGAACCUAUUCCAGUUCAGUCAUCUUUCACAGCUAUCACAGGAGAAACAGAAUUCAGCAUAAAGAUGGAUACAAAGGAGAAGAGAAGAAUGGAACAUGAACUAAAGGAGAAACGAGCUGUAAAAGAACAACAAGAAAUGAAGACUGAAAGUGUUGUUCAAAAUGAGAAAGUUGAAAGUGUUGCAGAGAAGAUUGAAGAUGCUGAGAAGGUGACUGAAACAGAGAAAGUGAUUGAAGUGGUGAAAACAAUCGAAGUUGAAAAGAUUGUUGAAGUCAUCGAGCCAUGUUUAAAGUGUCUUGAACCAUGCAAAGAAUGUGCAGCCAAAGACGAAAUGAUAGCUGAGUAA